GUCGUAUUUAUAAUGUGUUAUAUUUUGACAUAUUUCUAUACUUUUAAAAAAUAUACUAAUUAAAAUGACGUUAUUAUAAAAAUGUCACGAAAAAGUCACCACUAAAAAUUAUUUUUUUUAACUGAAAACUUUUUAUACAUUGUAACGCAAUGACCACUUCCUGGAAUUACCCUGACCCUGCUCUUCAAAAUGAACUCAGAAAGAUAGCAGAUGCCAUAGUGACACCAGGCAAAGGAAUAUUAGCAGCAGAUGAAUCUGUAUCAACUAUGGGUAAGCGCUUGAAAGAUAUAAAUACAGAAAAUACUGAAGAAAACAGACGUAAAUACAGGCAGUUACUAUUCACAACUUGUCCAGUUAUAGGUAACUUUAUUUCCGGUGUAAUUCUAUUUCAUGAGACUGUAUACCAAAAAACUGACGACGGAACUCCAUUUGUGGAAUGCUUAAAGAAAAGAGGUAUUAUUCCUGGAAUAAAGGUAGAUACUGGAGUCGUUCCUCUUUUUGGAAGUAAUGAAGAAUGUACUACACAAGGUCUUGAUGAUCUGGGUAAACGCUGCAUGCAAUAUAAGAAAGAUGGCUGUCAUUUUGCUAAAUGGCGUUGCGUGUUAAAAAUUGGUAAAAGUACGCCUUCCAUUCAGUCAUUAAUAGAAAAUGCAAACGUUUUAGCUCGAUAUGCAUCUGUUUGUCAAGCUAAUAGAAUAGUACCGAUAGUGGAGCCUGAAAUAUUGCCAGAUGGAGACCAUAGUAUUCUAAUCUGUCAAAAAACAACAGAAACAGUGUUAGCUUAUGUCUAUAAAGCAUUAUAUGAUCACAAUGUUUAUUUAGAAGGAACUUUACUUAAACCAAAUAUGGUCACUUCUGGACAAUCUUGUCCCAAAAAGGCUAGUGCACAAGAAAUAGCUGAAGCUACAGUAACUGCUUUCCAACGGAGAGUCCCUUGUGCUGUACCCGGCGUUACGUUUCUAUCUGGUGGACAAUCUGAGGAAGAAGCAACUAUUAACCUGAAUGCUAUGAAUCAAUAUCCUGGUAAGAGACCAUGGGCAUUAACGUUUAGUUAUGGUCGAGCUUUACAAGCCUCUGUUUUAAGAGCUUGGGGUGGAAAAGAUGAGAAUAUCAAAGCUGGUCAGGAUGAGCUGCUUAAAAGAGCUAAAGCCAAUAGCGAUGCUGCCCAAGGAAUGUAUGUACCUGGUAGUGUUGAAGGUAAAGCUGGUGCUGCCGAUUUAUUUGUUAAAGGUCAUAUUUACUAAAUUAUUAUGUAUAUUAUAAAAAACAAUGUAAAUUCUUGGCGAAAUAAAUACCUUACCAUGUUUUUUUUUAAUAAAUUAUUUAUU